GGAGCCAGUCUGGGGCCUAGGCGCAGACGCAUUGAGUUUAAGCAGCCGGUGAUGGCGGCAGCAGCAGUGGAGUCUGCGGCGGGUCCGGGCCCAUGAGGCGACGACGGAGGCGGGACGGCUUUUACCCAGCGCCUGACUUCCGAGACAGGGAAGCUGAGGACAUGGCAGGAGUGUUUGACAUAGACCUGGACCAGCCAGAGGACGCAGGCUCCGAGGAUGAGCUGGAGGAGGGGGGUCAGUUAAAUGAAAGCAUGGACCAUGGGGGAGUUGGACCAUAUGAACUUGGCAUGGAACAUUGUGAGAAAUUUGAAAUCUCAGAAACUAGUGUGAACAGAGGGCCAGAAAAAAUCAGACCAGAAUGUUUUGAGCUACUUCGGGUACUUGGUAAAGGGGGCUAUGGAAAGGUUUUUCAAGUACGAAAAGUAACAGGAGCAAAUACUGGGAAGAUAUUUGCCAUGAAGGUGCUUAAAAAGGCAAUGAUAGUAAGAAAUGCUAAAGAUACAGCUCAUACAAAAGCAGAGCGGAAUAUUCUGGAGGAAGUAAAGCAUCCCUUCAUUGUGGAUUUAAUUUAUGCCUUUCAGACCGGUGGAAAACUCUACCUCAUCCUUGAGUAUCUCAGUGGAGGAGAACUGUUUAUGCAGUUAGAAAGAGAGGGGAUAUUCAUGGAAGACACAGCUUGCUUUUACUUGGCUGAAAUUUCCAUGGCUUUGGGGCAUUUACAUCAAAAGGGGAUCAUCUACAGAGACCUGAAGCCGGAGAACAUCAUGCUUAAUCACCAAGGUCAUGUGAAACUAACAGACUUUGGACUAUGCAAAGAGUCUAUCCAUGAUGGAACAGUCACACACACAUUUUGUGGAACAAUAGAAUACAUGGCCCCUGAAAUCUUGAUGAGAAGUGGCCACAAUCGUGCUGUGGAUUGGUGGAGUUUGGGAGCAUUAAUGUAUGACAUGCUGACUGGAGCACCUCCAUUCACUGGAGAGAAUAGAAAGAAAACAAUUGACAAAAUCCUCAAAUGUAAACUUAAUUUGCCUCCCUACCUCACACAAGAAGCUCGAGAUCUGCUUAAAAAGCUGCUGAAAAGAAACGCUGCUUCUCGUCUUGGAGCUGGUCCUGGGGAUGCUGGAGAAGUCCAAGCUCAUCCAUUUUUCAGACACAUUAACUGGGAAGAACUUCUAGCUCGGAAGGUGGAGCCUCCCUUUAAGCCUCUAUUGCAAUCUGAAGAGGAUGUGAGUCAGUUUGAUUCAAAGUUUACACGUCAGACACCCGUUGACAGCCCGGAUGACUCAACUCUCAGUGAAAGUGCCAACCAGGUCUUUCUGGGUUUUACAUAUGUGGCUCCAUCUGUACUUGAAAGUGUGAAAGAAAAGUUUUCCUUUGAACCAAAAAUCCGAUCACCUCGAAGAUUUAUUGGUAGCCCACGAACGCCUGUCAGCCCAGUCAAAUUCUCUCCUGGGGAUUUCUGGGGAUGAGGUGCUUCAGCCAGCACGGCAAACUCUCAGACACCUGUGGAGUACCCGAUGGAAACAAGUGGGAUAGAGCAGAUGGAUGUGACAAUGAGCGGGGAGGCAUCAGUACCACUUCCAAUCUGACAGCCCAACUCUGGGCCAUACAAAAAACAAGCUUUUCCUAUGAUCUCCAAACGGCCAGAGCACCUGCAUAUGAAUCUAUGAUGAAACAAUGCUUUUAUUGAUGCAAAAAGAAAACAAAAAUCGGGGGAGGGAUGUGUGAACAUCCUGCAAGAUAAAAUGAGAAUCAAAAUGGCAGACUUAAAAAGUCAGCACAGUAACCUAGAUUGCUUUGGAUGGAGGAAAAAAUAAACAUGGAUUUUAAAAAAUCAAUCAAUGGUGCAAAAAAAAUAAACCCACAAAAAAACAAAAACAAAAAACUCAAGCAAAAUAGUAUUGUGGAACCCACAGACACAUCGAUUGGCUGGUUCCUGUCAAGCAACAUCUCAGCAUUAGCAAGGGUUUUCAAGUUGACGGCUCCACACCGACAGUAUUAAGGGUAGGAUGUUGCUUCCGAAUCACCGUUGAAGCCUGGAGAUGUCAAAGAAGGGUUAUCCUUUCAUAGGCAAGGUAUGAGAUUGCCUGUAAUACUUGCAACUAAGGACAAAUUAGCAUGCAAGCUUUGUCAAACUUUUUCCAGCAACACGGAAUCAAAGACAAAAGAAACUUAUCGAUUGAUGUUUUACGUGCAAACAACCUGAAUCUUUUUUUUAUAUAAAUAUAUAUUUUUCAAAUAGAUUUUUGAUUCAGCUCAUUAUGGAAAACAUCCCAAACUUUAAAAUGCAAAAUUAUUGGUUGGUGUGAAGAAAGCCAGCUUCUGUUUCUUCUCUUGAUGAAAUAAAACGCAAAUGAAUCAUUGUUAACCACAGCUGUGGCUCUUGUGAGGGCUUGGGGCGGACCUGGGGUGUUUUUCAUCUUUUGUUUUAGUAACCUAUCUGCAAUACCUGUCUGUAAUACUAGAAGAAGAAAGUCUGUUUAAUCAUUUCUACUUGCAGUACUGCUGUGUGCUAGGCUUCACUGCAAGCCUUGGGACAGGCAGAAGUUAGAUGUUCUACAUUGCAUCCUUGUCCUGGGCCUGUACUACACUGGGAAAAGAUGGCUACCUGUUGUUAUCCCAGUGUUCGGGUCAAGCCCAUGGCCAAGGAAGGAAAGAGUCAGGCUAAAGUUUGUAACUCGGGCAGUAAGCAAGGGGAGAUAGAGACCUGCAGGGAAGAGGGGCCACCCUCGUCUGUCUCUUCUCAGCACAUUGGCAAGGUUUUCAGUUUUACUUUGUACUGUUUUUGCUGUUUACCUUCCUUAACAUUUUUCCCUCCAGAGUUUAAAAAAGAAAAAAAUGGUGUUUUUUUCCCUCCUAUAAUGGGGCUACAUUUUUAAUUGUAAAAAUAUUUGAUGGCCUUUUGAUGAAUGUCUUCCAUAGUGAAUAAGAAAACUUAGUGGCUUAAUUUAGGAAACAUGUUAACCAGACAUUGUUUUUGAAAUUGUAACAAAAUCUACAUAAGUGAUUUACAGGUACAAAGAAUAAAAAAUAAAGGUAAUUUUACCUUUCUUAAAUAUUUCCUGCCUUAAGGAGCAUUUCCAUGACUAGCUGGUGAGAGGGUUUCCUAUCUGCAGAGCUUUAUAAACUAUACUUCAGUGCAUACUGGUCCAGGUAGAUGGUCACACUGCAGGUCUCGUCACUUCACUUGGUUGGUCUUUAUGUCUCCAGUCUGUGCAGCUCAUUUGGUAUAGUUGCAGCCCUAGGGUUUCUUUACGCAGAUGCUCUUGCUGUAUUCUCCAUAGGAUCCAAGCCAUAAAUUCCUUAUGCACAUCAGAGUCAGUCAGGAGAGACUAAGACCUUGCUUCUUUAAAUUGCAAUUGAAGUGAGAUGGGAGGAAAUUUUAAUAGUGAGCAAAAAUAGAACCUUGAGGGGCUGGAGAGAUGGCUCAACGGUUAAGAAUACUGGCUCCUCUUCCAGAGGUUCCGAGUUCAAUUCCCGGCACCCACAUGGUGGCUCACAAUUGUCAAAUGGCAGUCUGAUGGGAUCAGAUGCCCUCUUCUGGUAUGCACAGCAUUCGGACAACAUACCCACAUAUAUGAAAUAUAUAAAAGUCCUUAAAAAAAUGACAGUUGGAAAUAUGGCCUUUCGAUUGUGGCAGUAAAUGAAAGAAUUGAUAAAAGUCCAUCUUUGGACAGAAGUUUUUUAUCGUCUCAGUUCUCACUCCUGGAUCUCUGACUGCUGCCUUUUGAGGACUUUGUAAUUGCAGCAGUAGAUAAAGAGCUGCGGUGAUGAUUAAGGGCAGACAUUGUGAAGGUCUUCGUUAUUUGACAGCUUGUGGUAUCUUUAAACGACCCCCCCCCCCAAUAACCUAUGGUGAUGCAUACAGGAAUUUUUUCAGACUGCAGAAGGCUGUGCUACUCUGAUAUCUGUCUCCAGUGUGUUUACUAACUAUAGCAUUGACUGCCUGGCCAAAUUCCAGUAGAACUUUUACACCAAACAACUCCUCCUCAGCCCUAGUUGCUAGUAAUAUGUGCACUGUGACCACCCCGUAGUUAAACUUUCAGAUUAGUGCUGCCAGCAAUAGUGCAAAUACUGCAACUUGUUUGCCUAGAAAGCAUUAAUUAUAUACCUUCCAUCUACACAAAUAUAUAGCUUUUCUAUCACAACAUUUAUUAAGUGAAAUUGAUUUCUCACGCUGUGGCAAGUUUAUUGAGAAAUUGUUUCAUAAAUGGAUAUCCCUACUAUGACUGUGAAAACAUGUCAGGUGUCACGGGAGUGUCACAGACAGAAAGCACACGCCUAUGCAAUAUGGCCUACUCUGUAUUUAUUUGUAAAAACUGAAGCAUAAUUUAAAGUAUAUGCCAAUACUAGUUUGAGUUUCUAAGAGAGCAUUCAUGCUUAUACCAGGUAAGUGUAUAAAAAAGAUGAAGUGCUUUUUCUUUUAUUACUUGAUUAUUUUCUUUAGAAUCAGCUAUUACAGGAUAUUUUUUUAUUUUCUACAUGCUGUUUUUUAAUUAAAAUGUACUCACUGAACUGAAGUUUACUAAAUUUGUUUUAUAAGGUUUGUAAUGUUACAGAAUAACUAAACUGGUAUUUAUAAACCAGCUGUGAUUAACAGUGUAUUAAUUACUGAACUUGAACCAGAUCUUUAGGAAAACUAUGUUUUUUCUUCCCCUUUUAUGAUCUUUACUUCAAGGAUUUUUUUUUCCAUACUGUUUUUGAACUAGAAGAUAGUUUGAGAUUUGGGGAAAGGAGGAUGCGUAUGCGAGACUCCAUAAAUUCAACAUUCUGUACUAUAGGUAACAACUAUAAACAAAAUAUAUCUUAGUAUUAAUAUCUUGAGCCUUGGAUAUCAUAAUUAAUAUAGGAUCUUUUUAAAACUGUUCAGUUAGUUGUAUAUUUCCUCGCUUACAAGGGCUAGAUCAAAGAUUAUUCUCAUGAGAAAUGUUGAAUUUAUGAAGAAUGGAUUUUGAGGCUUUGAAAAUGAUUAGUAUCUCAAAAGAUUCAAUAUCCAAACAUCUGCAUGUAUUGUAGGAACAGAUACUAGCUUGCUGGACAAAACAGUCAUGGCAUUUGUCACACAGGACCUGUGGUCUGUUGCUGGUUAAUAUAGUACUUUCCUCAUGGGACUCAACACUACAGCACAAGUAUUUCCCUGGGUUCUCUGGAGAAGCAUCUAAAGAUGGGUUUCUGACAGUGUUGGCUCUUUAAACUGUGUUUGCUUCUACCCCAAGUUGGCUUUGCAUCUAUUAAAUAAGUUCUUUAGCUGCCUUAUUAGGAGUGCUCUGAGGGCAACACCUUUUCUGCUUUUCAUCUUGUAUUUAGUUUACUGUAUUAAGAAAAUUUGAUUUCAGAUUGAAUGAAUGUAAAUAGAAAUUAAAUGAAAAUUUGAAUGAACAUAAA